AUGGAUCUUCCUUCAUCAAUUCAAUCAAUUGGUAAAUAUGCAUUUAGAAAUUGUUCUCUCAAAAAGCUUGUUCUUAAAGAAGGACUCCAAACAAUAAAUGAAUAUGCAUUUUAUAACAGCAGUAUCGUUGAAAUCAAUAUUCCUUCAACGGUGACUUCAAUUGGAAGUUAUGCAUUCUUUAAUUUACCUUUUGAAAAAUUAAUAUUCCCUGAAAUUGCAAAUAUUAGUUAUAUUGGUCCAUUUGCUUUUUCUUAUCUUGAAUAUACGAAUAUAACAAUUCCAAUUGGAACAACAUUUAUUGCCGAUCAAUCAUUUAGAGGUUCAUUUAUUACUAAUUUAACAAUUCCUAUUACAUUAAAUGAUAUGGGAAACUGGUCAUUUUCAGAUUUUCAAUCAGAUAAUUUUUCUAUUCCAAAAGGGAUUGCUAAAAUAGAUGAAUACACAUUUUCAUCUAGCGAUAUAAAAAGAAUAACAAUUCCUGAUACUGGAAUAUUUAUAGACACUGGUUCUUUUAUGUCUUCAAUUAUUAAUGAAACAUUUAUCCCAUGUUAUUCAACUAUAGGUGUCAGUGCUUUUGAAGAUUGCGAAAAUUUAACAUUAAUGAACAUGAGUUCACAUUCAACAAUUAAUCAAAUGGCUUUUUAUAAUUGUUAUUCAUUAACUAAUAUAACAACUGAACCUGAUAUUAUGUUCACAGGAAAUGCUUUUUACAAUGUUACAAAUGUUACAAUUGUACAUUAUGGAUUGAUUGAUUUUUCAACUCCAGAAACGAGAAGAAACUUUAAUUCAAUAGUUAAUAAUGCAUAUGUUCAAUGCUGCUAUCGCCAUAAGAGUAUAGCAUAUAUGAAACCAAAGAAUUACACAGUUUGCAAUGAAUUUGUCAGUUGCUAUUCGAACGAAAAAGUUAAUUAUAGAGCUAAUUAUGGAUUUUAUGCCGCAAUGUCAUUGGGAUUGCUCUAA